GACAGCUUGACAAUACCUGCGCAAAAUGUUUAGUUCGAGCCCUACCUCCAUGGUUCGAGUACAAGGAAUAAGAAUGCCGACAUUACAAAAGCCUUCUGCUUCAGAAGUCAAACUCGUCAGUCCUUGUGUUGAAUCUGAUAGUACGAUGGUACGCGUUUCAAGCAUUAAGCUAAAACACUGAAUCAUUCUCAACGCAAGUAAUGCCAUGCUCUCAGCCUAGCAUGAUGGUGUCUGGAAUUAAACAGAUAAAACCGCGAUUAAAAUGGGGCCUACUCGACACACCCACAUGCAUUGAAAUACCAUGAGGUAGUGACAUGUAAAAACCAGGAAGUAAAUACUGCAACCUGCAAGCAGUCGGCAAAAUCAAAGCGUUGGAACUUCAACAUGAAAACCGGACCUGACCCUCGGCCUCAUCACGGAAUUUAACCGUUUCAGACGGGGAUGGAACUGCAACAUGACACUGUGUGAUGAACUUGAAGGCUUCAACUGGCAGCAUGCUUCUUCGUGUCACUGAACGGGGAAGGGUGAACUUUAUAUAGUGUGCAUGCACUUGCCUCGUGAAGGUAGUGUAAAACUUGUGUAAUGCAUCUAUGAUCAUCAGCACGAAGACGAAUUCUGCAGGUUACAUCAGCACAAUAAAAUCGUCACGCAUGGUACAUAUCGUAGGCCUACGCACUAAAGCGUCGCAAACGAGGUCAUGUUUUGAUCACGUGGAUUACCAGCCACAAUAUCGCACUGUUCACAGCUCAUAUCACCGCUGUACUGUCGUACAGCGUACCAUAAUACCUACUUGAUUUAACAUCGGGCCAGAUCGUCGUCGCACUGCAUGCCUGCAGACAGUACAGUCGGGUACGGUGACGUAGCUGGUCAAUUAUUACGGCUACGUGCAGUUGUGCGCGUAGAGCGAGGUACGUGUCUGACAGACGCAGUGUGAUGACAUUACAUGUUCACGCACUAGUACUGCACUCAGCCGACGAGGGCACCUGCUCUAGAACAUGCUCGCAAGAUCGGCAGGGUCGCCUGACCGCGUGCGUUGUGAGGAAUUUACGCAUAUAAACGGAUUCCCGUUCGCACCGCGCAAAAUGACCGCAAAAACCCUGACGAACGGUGAUACCGUCUGGAAUGGAACAACAACCGUAUCUGAGAUGGAAACCACCAGUGUGAAAUCUGGGAGGAUGAAAAAUGUGUCGAGACCGCCUCCGAUUGAUAUCGCCAUUGCUCGCUCCGCCAGCUCAAGGGAAGAUGACGAUUGUGACUGUGAUUCUGGUAGCUCGGAGGACCGGUGUUGUGAAGUUCCAUGUGAGAAAACUUCACAGGGAGAGCCAGGGUCCCCCCAAUUCGUCUCCUCCGAGGACAGCAUCACUUCCCCAACUGUCACAUCUCCGGCCAGCGUGGCAUCUUCCACGGAUACAACUGAUGGGGGCAUCUUGAGACGAAAGUCCUCCAUCAAAGAUGUCACCAAGACCCCUGAGACCCCGGGAGGAAAGUCUGUGCGGUUUGCCGAUGCACUGGGCCUUGAUCUGGAGACAGUUCGAGACAUUUUGGAGUCCGAAUCGCCGCCCGACUACCCGUCGAUGGCCGCUGCUGCCUGCGCGGUGGCUGUGGGUCUUGACGGUGCAUCCGGCUCACCGGCCCUGCAGGCGAUCCAGCCCCGCUAUCUUUCCAUGUCCUUCGUUCAACCGGGGGGUCAACCAGACUUCGUCACCCGCGUGAACCAGCAGAGCGUCUGCUUGGAAAAUGCUGUCCUUUCUGAUUUCACGGUUCUGGGAACGAUCAAGGUACAGAACCUCUCCUAUCACAAGAUAGUAAAGGUAAGAUACUCGGCCGACGGUUGGAACAGCUUCGGGGACAUCCCGGCAUCGUACGUGCAGAACUCUUGCGAUGGGCCUACUGAUCGAUUUUCUUUCGGCCUGACAGCACCACGGGACAUGGCAGUUGGGGAUCGCCUGGAAUUCUGCAUAUGCUACACGGCGGGGAACCAAGAUUACUGGGACAACAACUUUGGUAAAAAUUAUGCUCUUGUGUGCCAUUCACAGGGCGAUAUUAUCGAUAGCGAAAACACGUUCCUGUGGACGCAUUUUUUGUGAAAGUCAAGUCGAUGGGGGAGGGCGUCGUUGAAUCACCCUUGGGGGCGCCCUUCGCUUAAAAUCUUGACUUUUCACUACCAUACAUAUGUUGCAUGUGUAGUACAUUGUACAAAGUAUGUGUAAAUUAAGUGUAACUAUAUAACUGAAAAGUUUACAUUUUUGGCAAAGCUAAUUUUGGAAACCCAACUAGUUGUUUCAUAUAGUUAUUUUUUCAUAAAUAUGCGCUCAUUUUUAAUGAUUAUUUGUAGCCAGCUUGCACAUUGAAUGCAAAAUGCAGUUUUAUUCACAUUUUUCAUCCUUGGGGUUAGGGAUGCAGCUAGCUUCAUGUUAGUAACAGUCCACUUGUGACAAAAGAGGCUGGGUGUGCUUGACUUUAAUUUCACAUGAAUUGUUCAACUGACUCUAUGGCAUGUAUGGGGAAACACAGUCCAGGGUGCUUCUAAAACAUCAAAGUAAAAUCAAAUACUUUGUGAAAGCAGUUGUGCUUUCCAUAUAGAGGAAUUUAGCAAACACUAAAUGUUGGGCUUUGUAUGAAACAUAAAUCGUAUGUAAAAGUCCCGGUGUACAUGACUUCUUGCAAUUGAUGGCUGAACCACACACAUGUAAACCUGUUGACAGUUUUAAUUGCAUCAUGGGAUUGGAUGAACAAGCCUAGGUUUCAUGCAUAAAGCCAUGGGGAAAGUGAACCAGUCUAAUAUUGUUCUCUCUCAGAGUUGUGAGUGCCUGCUGAGUCAUGUACGUGUAUGCAAGAAGCAUUUUAUAAAAUAAAAAGGAAGUUUCAAAGCUCACAAGGAAACAGAAACAUGAAAUGUAUACAGCUAUUUAUAUAUGUUUAAACAAUUUUGUCGAAGUUUUACAAGAGAAUCAAUCACUCGGCUAAAACAACAUGAUUGGUCAAUCCAGAGAAACGAGCUUUAUAAUCAUAGUAGCCCAGUACUACUUACUGGCGUUGACAUUCACAGUUACAUAGCUCUAGACAAAACAGAUGUUUGAGGAGGGUAUUGCUUAAAUGUCUGUUUGUUCGUGGGAUUUAAGAUUAGACUACAUGUACUAUAUGAAAAAACGAUGACUUGAUUUAAACUUUUCCUAGCUCUCUCAUUUCAAGUACUUGGUAAGCAGUUUUGUUCACCUGUUUACUUAUCCCAUAGGGUUAUGCAUAAAAUGCAUUUUUGUCCUCCAAUCCAUGAUACAAUACCAAAUUGGAAAAAUGUUUACCAAAGUUUGGACUAUUUAUCAAGGGUCUUUUUUGAAAAGUUGAAUCUUGUGGUGAAACGUACAAAUGGGCAUACUGGCUGUGCUUUUGAUAACCAUGUUUAUAAUUGUAUGGCCCAUAUUUUUUGCAUUUCACUGCCUUGUCUUGCAUAAAAGUCUGGAAUAAUCUGGUUUACAUGAAAUUGCAAAAUUCAAGUUAAUAUGUAAUCCUAUGCAAAUAUGAUGUAACCCAGGUCUUCAGUAAGUCAAAACUUGGCAACAAGAUUUCUUUUGUAAGGAGCCGAAUGCAUAUGCAUGGCGCACGCUUAUUUAAGCUAAGGUGUAGUCAUGCAACACUGCGCACACCCUUUACUUGCUUAACCGAAAAAGUAAACGUGCUAAGGGCAAGUUCGCCGAUGUUUUGACUGGUUCCCAUCCCUACACCCGAUACCCAAAUGAUGUUCAGAGACUAUGCAGGGGAAGGAAGCAGUGACAUGUAGAUGUGAGUGGCGAAUGUGCUCUACGCGUACGUGAGAUGAUGCAUGUGACCUCAUAACAUAUGACAAUAAUUUACAUCAGUGUCUCCUGCUCAGUGUUGCUCUUACUAGUGCAUUAGGUUAACCAUGGAGGAUGGGUUGACACAUUACAUUAUGGAUGAGGAAUAUAAAAUUGUCCAGUGCAUCAGAGUCCAAGUUAUGACCUCUUAUGUGGGGUCAGUUAAUUUUGUUAUCCAUGCGUAGCAAAAUGAUGUUUAGUCGUGAUUCCGCAUGUUUAGCCUAACGCACAUUUGUCAAUGUUGUUUCGGAGCCGCACGUGCGCUUGAGUUCCGUUGAACAACCGAUGAUACUCAGACAUUCAAACGCGUUUUGUGCGCCUUGUGUCCGUAAGCGUAAGUUGACGAGUGUUCAUUGAAACAGUACACAAUUGAAACGCCGCAAAAGAUGCAGAACGGACAAAAGAGCGUACUUGCCCAUGGAAAGGUGGUCCAACACACACUUCCGGCCUUACACCAACCUUGGACCGACAGGCCACUGAGUACCGAGGUCACUACGUCACGCGCACAUGUGAUGGGAGGCAUUAGCGCGAGAACCAGCGUGUGAACCAACACGCGCACGUACUCAAUUUGUACUGCACUUUCUGGUUCAAAAUGAAGUCACUUCGGCAGUCUGAUUGCCUGACCUGACGACGCAUAGGCCGUAGCCCCCAUUGCUAAAAAUACAGCCUGAGUUAGAAAGCACUGCCAACAUACAUGCUCUUGCAUCAUAUCGCUUACGUACGUGCAUGACCAGGGCUUUACAUUCGGCACCUAAACGAGGAUGCUGUGCCUAAAACUGAAUUUCAUAGUCUUAACUGUAGACCUACUUCGACAUGACUAGUAUGUCGCUUGCAUUGCAUCAAAUUCACACACAGACACAACAAAACAUUGACGAUUAGGCCUACGCUAUGAAAUUCCAUACAUUUUCGUAAGCGGGGCAUUUCCUCCCGGUCGGAUCUAGGGCGUAGCGAAGGCAUUUGCUUGGGGGUGUGUGCCUGAGUCAAUUUGCCGACUUGUAAGUUGUUUGCCAACGUCGUGUCGUGUAAAAUGGAAAUCCACAUUUCACGCUUCACGGACCAUACUGACGGCCAACUUUUAUUGUUCAUGUACCAAGUUUAGAUUCAUUUGCCGAUCGAAGCUCUAUUUGCUGACCCGGAUGGAAUUAAUUAUGGGGGGUGCCGCACUCCCCCCCCCCCCGAUAUCCCCCGGUUGCUACGCCCCUGAUCACAUCACUGUGAUGCGAGUCGGUCAAGGCCUGAGAGGUUUCCCUCCCACGCAGACCUCUCUUCGAUGUGCGUAAGGGAUCGUCCAUAAACACACGAUGGGGAGGGGGGUUGUUGCCUUUGCCUACUACACCAUGCGUACAGUGCGCACGAGCGUACCGUAAGCAAACCGAAAGUUUGCCUUUACUGAAUCUUCAAUACACUGUCUCACACAAAUAAAUACCAGAAUCGGCCUCUGUGCGUCGAAAAACAAUUCAAUUUCAAAUAUGUGUACAAGGGGACGGAUCUGAAAAGUCGACAUUUCGUGCUUACUUUAUGGAUGGCCCCUAAGGGCAGAGAACCACGACUUCCCAGAGAAGGUAUAACCGGCAGUGUGCAUAGUAAUAGUGGACAAGUGUGCAUGGAAAGUUCGAUGGGCGACUAUUUUGUCCACUACCAGCUGAUUUUGCGUAGUACCCAGGGUUUAUUUUUUAAUAUACAGAUGGAUCAGUGGUCCACAAACGGUUGUCACUUAAACUUGCUGACUCAGUGUGUUCAAUACACGCAUGCUUAAAAAGUUCAACGGAUGUAGUUUUAUACAUAAUUACAGACGAUAGUUGUCUUUGUGGUUGAAAUAAGGGAGUAAAACAUGCUUUGUAUUGCACUCUGAUAGACUGACAUGAAUUCUACCACUUCAUUAUUUCACUUUAUAGUUUCAGACGCUAGAAUUUUGUGAGCGUUCAUAAUAUUUUUCAGAUUCAGUUACUUGUUACACGACCUGUUGCCCAGGGUAAAGAAUUGACAUUAUAGCUUGUUCUUCGAAAGUGUAA